GUUGAAGGAAGGUUUUAUGUGAACAAAGCAUUGGAAAAAUUGAUGUUCGAAGAGUUGCGAAACGCUUGCAGACAGGAUGGUAUAGGUGGAUUUUUGCCAGCCGUACGACAAGUUGGAAAUGUUGCUGCAUUACCGGCGAUUGUAAAUGCAUCAAUUGGUCUGCCAGACAUACAUUCCGGUUAUGGUUUUGCUAUAGGAAAUAUUGCAGCUUUUGAUGUUUCGGAUCCAGAUGCUGUUGUAUCGCCAGGUUGA